AUGAAGAACAAGCACGGCCAGCAGCAGGUGAGGCCGGCGGCCCCGGAGAGGGCCGACAUGUCCAGCUUCGAGGUCUCCCUCCAGCAGCUCAACGACCUGCUGACGGACGACAGCGGCUUCUACAGCUGGCCGACCAAACACUUCCAUGAGGUCUACAGCAGGAUCUACGUGGGCAACGCAUUCGUCGCCACCAACGUGAUGCGCCUGAAGCGUCUGGGCAUCACUCACAUUCUGAACGCGGCGGAGGGAAACUCCUUUAUGCAUGUCAACACCAGCGCAGAGUUCUACGCGGGGACGGGCAUCAUCUACCAUGGCGUGCCGGCCAGCGACACCGACCACUUUGACAUCAGCGUGUACUUCGAGGAGGCGGCGGACUUCAUCGAGAAGGCGCUGGCGUACAAAAACGGAAGAGGGAAAGUGUACGUGCACUGCAGGGAGGGCUACAGCCGCUCGCCCACCUUGGUCAUCGCCUACCUGAUGCUCCGCCAGAACAUGGACGUGCACACCGCCCUGGCCAUGGUGCGGCAGAAACGAGAAAUCGGACCCAACGACGGCUUCCUGCGGCAGCUCUGCCUCCUGAACCAGCGGCUGUCCGACGAGGGGCGGCUCUGGAACAAAUGAGGCCGGCGGGGACGCGCAGCGAUCGUCCGUAAGAGAGACUGGAAGCUAACGUAGCCGUGUUUCUUUCACAUGUUGAACCGCGGGAACGAACCGGGGAUCGGUUCUGGAAACAGAGGAGGAAAGCUGACAGCACCGAGUGUAUCGACAUCGU